AUGGAGGACUGUACGAUGAAAGACGGUGAGCUACAAGAUGAAAUCUCCGAUAAGUUUCUCUGCUGCGUCUGCCUGGAACUUCUUUACAAACCAAUUGUUCUAUCAUGUGGUCAUCUGUCAUGUUUCUGGUGCGUCCACAAGUCCAUGAACGGCCUGCGUGAGUCUCAUUGUCCCAUUUGUAGAGACCCGUAUGUUCAUUUUCCGUCUGUCUGCAAGAAGCUUCAUUUUCUGCUGAAGAAGAUAUACCCUCUUGCCCAUGAGAAGAGAGAAGAACAAGUUCUUAAGGAAGAACAAGAGCAAGAAUGUUUUUCUCCUCAGAUUGAUGUUGUUAUGGAUGAACCAAAGGCUAAGGAUGAGUCUGCAAAUGUCUCUGAUGAGGGGAAGAUGGUAGAGUGCUCUAAUGCAGCCGAUGAAGAACCUAAAGAUGCAAAAACUCCUGAUGUUCAUGAGAAUGACAAAGUCAGUAAGCAAAUUUCAAAAGAUGAUUUGCUCUGUACAGCAUGCAAGGAGCUGCUCGUACGACCCGUUGUACUCAAUUGCGGACAUGUGUAUUGCGAAGGAUGUGUAGUUGACAUGGCUGAGAAAAGCGAAAAGAUCAGAUGUCAAGAGUGUCAUAUUUGCGACCCAAGAGGGUUUCCAAAAGUUUGUUUGGUUCUUGAGGAGCUCGUGGAGGAAAACUUUCCUGAAGAGUACAAUUCAAGGAAAAGUGGGAUUCAGAAAACACUUGCCCAUAAUAGCAAAGGAAAUGUCCAAAGCUAUCACAAAGAAGGACCAUCCUUAUCGGAAGACAACAACGGCAAUGAUGUUCCCUGGUGGGCAAAUCCUGCAUCUAAUGUUCACAUCGGAGCUGGUUGUGAUGCUUGCGGAGUGUAUCCGAUCAUUGGGGAUAGAUACAGAUGCAAAGACUGCAAGGAAGAAGUUGGUUAUGACCUUUGCAAAGACUGUUACGAGACUCCUUCGAAAGUUCCAGGGAGAUUCAACCAGCAACACACUCCAGACCACACGCUUGAGCGCGCGGAAGUUCCUAAGCUUGUGAUGAAUUACAAUUCUAUUGGCUUCCUUCUCGGGCCGAUGGUUACUGCAGAUGAUGUCGUGGAUGAUGGGAGCGAUGAUGAUUCUGAUGAUGAUGAUGAUGGUGAGGGUGAGGGUGACGAAGGUCCUGAUUCUAAUGAGUCAUCAGCACCACCACCAAACUUAGCAUGA